UCGAUUGUACCGGUCGAUCUGUUUGACAGCGCACACAGUUGGUCCAAUGUCUACAAAUUGUUUAACGUUCGCCGUAACACUGUUGAUGCUAACUAGUGCUACCGACGGGAAGUUUGUCAUCAGCAGAAUUGAUGGUCAACUUACAUCGGUAAGUAGUGCUCGUGGUCAGUGCGUAACGGUCAGUGCCUGCGCACUCGCUUAAACCGAAUGGCACUAACUUUCCUGCAGAUAGAGCUCAUCAGCAAGUACGGCUACCGUGGCCAGACGUACACGGUCACAACAGCCGACGGUUACAAGCUCGGCGUUCAUCGGAUAACACGAAAGCAGGGCCCCGAUCCGGACCGGCUGCCGGUACUGCUGGUGCACGGUUUGCUCGGCAGCUCGGCCGACUGGCUGGUGAUCGGACCGGAGGAUGCGCUAGCCUACCAGCUGGCCAAAGCGGGGUACGACGUGUGGCUGAUCAAUACGCGCGGCAAUCGCUACUCCCGCCAGCACGUGCAGCUGUCACCGAGCGAUGCGGCCUUCUGGAACUUUACCUGGCACGAGAAGGGCAUCUACGAUCUGCCGGCCGUGAUCGACUACAUGCUAAACGACACGAAACACCCGGCCGGGCAAAUUUACUACAUCGGCUACUCCGAAGGUACUACGGCUUACUUCGUGAUGACGAGCAGCCGGCCCGCGUACAACCGCAAGAUCCGGUUGGCACACGCGCUCGCGCCGUCCGUGCUGCUGGAUAGUGUGCGCAGCCCGGUGCUAAACUCGCUGGUCGAUAAUGCGCAAGUUAUCAUGCCACUCGCGUUCACUACGAACCUGGUGGAGCUGCUGCGCUGGUCGGAACAGCAGAGCGGCAUGCUGCAAACGAUGUGUCCACCGGAGACGAAGAGAAACCCGUGCGUCGUGCUGUUUGAUAAUCUGUUUGGCCCCAAUCCGGAAUCACUCGAUACGAAUGCCAUUCAAUCGUUGGUUGGUCACUGUCCGUCCGGGGCAGCGGUUAAGGAGGUCUACCAUUACCACCAGGUCAUACAGAAUGGAAUAUUUCGACCGUACCAGGAAAGUGCCGUGGAUCGCAUCGUCGUGCCGUACAACCUUAGUGCCUCGGACGUCCCGGUGCACAUCUACUACGGCAUGAAUGAUUGGAUCAUUCAUCCGAAAAAUGUGCGAAAGUUUACCGCUGCGCUGCCGAACAUUCGCGAGUUACGCGCUGUCGGGGGUAAAAAAUUUACCCAUCUCGAUUUUAUCGCUGCCAAGCGCAUUAGAACGGUCCUUUAUACUAAAAUCAUGGCAAAUCUGCAGACUGAUCUGGUUGAGCUUUACGACAAUUAGAGAAAAGUUAAACUGCUAUCGAGGUGGGUCCGGUGUAUAGGACAUGACUAUUUUGAAAUCAAAGAAAUACAUUCUCGUUGAAUAAAUAGUACUUCAUCAUGGCCAUUAAAUACAAUGUUUAUCAACAUUGUCCUCUCACAUUUAAAUAACACUAGAAGUGAAU